AUGAGAGAAAAUGAAUUCACUGCAGUCUAAAUGAAUGGGAAAAUUAAUUAAAAGGAAAGAGAUAAAAUUAUAGCUGAGUUUAAAAAAGGAAAUAAGAGGGUCUUGAUUACAACUGAGGUUUGGAUAGAAGGUAUUUGAUUUAACAUUAUCUUUAGACUUGAUGUUCAAUAAGUUACUUUGGUUAUCAAUUCCUCCAGAGAAUUGUACAUUCAAAGAAUAGGAAGAUCUGGUAGAUUUGAAAGAAAAGUUGUUGAAAUUAAUUUUGUUAAGUAAAAGAUGCCAGAAUCCUAAGAGAUAUUGA